AUGCCUCAUACAUUCUCAUCCUUCAGUGAUCCCAUACCCCGUAACAAGCUCACGAAAGUUCAACGAAGCAAAAUGGCUGCUCCCAAGUCUCGACUUAUCCUUGGUCUCAUGACCUUUUACCAGACUCCGACCACCAGUGGCAGAGUCACCGACUUGGACACCUUCCAAAAGGCACUGGACCUUUUGCAGGCUCGCGGAUACAAUGAGAUUGACACGGCGCGAAUGUAUGGCGAGGGGACCCAAGAAGGCUUCACAGGCCAGACAAGCUGGAAGAAGAAUGGCUUCACUUUGGCGACCAAGGUCAUUUAUCCUAGAAAUUACGGCGACAACACAGCAGACAAGGUUGUCGCAUCCGUCGAGAAGAGCUUGAAGGAGCUGGGAACCGACAAAGUUGAUAUUCUGUACCUUCACAAGCCAGACCGCGCAACACCCUUUGCUGAGACGCUUGAGGCAGUGGACAAGCUUCACAAGGCUGGCAAAUUCAACAAGCUCGGUCUCAGUAACUUUACGGCUUUCGAAGUAGCCGAGGUCGUGCUGACAUGCAAGUACAACGGCUGGGUUCGCCCUUCGGUUUUCCAGGCCAUGUACAACGCCAUUACUCGAAACAUUGAGCCCGAGCUGGUCGUGGCCUGCCGUCGCUACGGCCUCGACAUCGUCGUGUACAACCCUCUUGCUGCUGGCCUCUUUUCUGGAAAGAUCAAGUCCAAGGAUUUCGUUCCCGACACUGGACGUCACGCUGGCAACACGCCCAUGGGAGCAAUCUCUCGAGGUAGAUACUUCCGAGACAGCACAUUUGAGGCGCUGCGCAUCGUCGAGGAGGCUGCUGAAAAGACAGGCUUGACGUUGAUUGAGGUGGCCAUGCGAUGGCUCGUCCACCACUCGGCGCUCAAGAUCAAGGACGGAAACGAUGGCAUCAUUAUUGGCGUUUCGAGCUUGGCGCAGCUGGAGAACAAUAUUGAUAACUUUGAAAAGGGCCCCCUGCCCGAGGAGGUGGUGCAGGCGCUGGACCAGGCCUGGCUGCUCUGCAAGGCCGAGUCCGUCAACUACUGGCACGGCGACUUGGAGUACAAGUAUGAUCCUCAGCAGGUGCUGUUUGGACAAGGAGCGAAAUAA